UGGACCCUCUCUCUCUCUCUCUCUCGUUCUUCUUCUUCUUCUUAUCUUUCUUUGUUUGUUUCAGUCAAAUUGAAUAACAAAAUAAUUAAAGAAAAAUGACAGAGCUGCUGCUGCUGCUGCUGCUCUCUCUCUCCUCCAAUCGCUCCUCCUAAAUCCUAAUCAAUUUUCGCAAAGGAAAAAAGCGUCUUACUUUUACCAGUGCAUUCAUGUUCUGAUCUGGAUUGGAUCACACUUUAACUUGCAGUGGAGCUCGUAAGAGAGAGAAAGCCUGAGGAAGAGAGAGGGAGAGAGAGUUGUGGUUUGUGGGGUUUAGUGGCCGAGUCUCUUUUUUGUGCAAUCUUGGUCUCUUUGGGGGGUCACAAAAGACCAUAAAGAAGCGGCACAACAAGUGAUUGCUGUUAUAUACUCCUGAAGCAUGGCUGGAAUCGAUGUGUCCAAGUAUGAUCAUAGCCCUGUGCACAAGGCCAUAGUCACGAGGGAUUAUGCCGGUCUCAAGAGGAUUCUAUCUGGUCUCCCGCGGCUUUGUAACCCUGCUGAGAUUCGAACUGAAUCAGCUUCAUUAGCUGAGGAAGAGAAGGCUGAUGCCAUUGCUGCUGUCAUUGAUCGGCGAGAUGUCCCAAACCGUGAGACCCCUCUUCACUUGGCUGUAAAACUUGGUGACCAGACAGCAACCGAAAUGCUUAUGGUUGCUGGCGCGGAUUGGAGCUUGCAGAAUGAACAUGGAUGGAGUGCACUCCAGGAAGCAAUUUGCAAUAGAGAAGAAGCAAUUUCCAUGAUCAUAGUUAGGCACUACCAGCCACUGGCUUGGGCAAAAUGGUGCAGAAGGUUACCUCGUUUAAUUGGAACAAUGCGGAGGAUGAGGGAUUUCUACAUGGAAAUUACAUUCCGCUUUGAGAGUUCUGUUAUACCUUUCAUUUCGAGGAUUGCCCCAUCAGAUACUUACAAGAUCUGGAAAAAGGGUGCAAAUUUGAGAGCAGAUAUGACAUUGGCAGGUUUUGAUGGUUUGCGAAUUCAGCGUUCUGAUCAGAGUGUUCUUUUCCUUGGUGAUGGGUCUGAGGAUGGUAAGGUGCCUCCCGGGUCACUUUGCAUGAUCUCACACAAGGAUAAGGAGGUGAUGAAUGCUUUGGAUGGUGCUGGAUCUCAAGCAACUGAAGAGGAGGUUCGGCAAGAGGUGGUUGCAAUGUCUCAGACUAAUAUAUUCAGGCCUGGGGUUGAUGUGACUCAAGCAGUACUUUUACCUCAAAUGACCUGGAGGCGGCAGGAGAAAACAGAAAUGGUUGGCCCAUGGAAGGCUAAGGUAUAUGAUAUGCAUAAUGUGGUUGUGAGUAUGAAAUCUAGAAGGGUCCCCGGGGCUAUGACAGAUGACGAGCUCUUCUCAACCUGCAAUGAAAAUGAAACAGAAAGUGAGGAGUUUAAUGAUAUUCUGACAGAGGAUGAGAGGAAGCAACUUGAAAAUGCACUUAAAUUGGAUUCGUCAGACUUGUCAAACGAAAAUGGUGAUGGGAUUAUUGAGCAUCGUCGUAGUUGUUAUGAGCACAGGGAGGUUCCCAUUGAAAAUGUUAGUAGUGAUAGAAAUGGAGAGAAUAAGCAGGAAAAGAAAGGAUGGUUUGGUGGAUGGAGGAAACGGGAUACUAAAAGUGAAGGGCAGAAAAAGAUUGUGCCGCCUAGAAGUUCUCUCUGUGUAGAUGAGAAGGUGAGUGAUCUGCUAGGGGAUUCUCCUUCAAGAAAUCAAAGCAGGCCUGGAAGAAAUAGUGUGGACAUUGUUGUGAAGGGGGAUGAUCAUCGGAGAGGAAGGGAUAUGAAGGCGUCUUCUUCCGCAAGUUCUGAUAACAGGAAUCGUCACAAGGAUGCUAGCAAGGAGAAUGAGUAUAAGAAAGGAUUAAGGCCAAUCCUCUGGCUUUCCCCAAGCUUUCCAUUACAAACAGAGGAACUGUUGCCAUUACUUGAUAUUUUAGCAAACAAGGUUAAGGCAAUUCGUCGUUUGAGGGAGCUGCUUACAACUAAGCUUCCAAUGGGUACAUUUCCAGUCAAGGUUGCUAUCCCAGUGGUUCCUACUAUCAGAGUAAUUGUCACCUUCACAAAGCUUGAAGAAUUACCACCAAUGGAUGAGUUUGCAACACCGCCAUCAAGCCCCCCUGGCAGGGAGAGCCCAGGUUCGAUGCAAUCGGCAAGUUCAUCUUGGUUUCAGUGGAUAAGAGCUCCUUACCAGCGCCCCAGCGCGUCCCCUACUGGUUCUUUCAGUAAGAUAGAAAGUAUUCAAGACCCGUUUGCAAUUCCGUCAGAAUAUACAUGGGUUUCUGUGGAAGCAAAGAAAAAGAAAAUGCAGGAGAAGAACAAGUCAAAGAAAGGGAAAAGUCAGAGUCACCAAAAAUGAUGUCAGUGAAGGUGGAGACUAAGACCCAAAUGUAAAGGAUUGAUUUAGCCCACCAAAAGGAACUGAGAAGAUGCCAAAUAGAGAGAACAGUAUUUCAUGCCAUACUGUAAGGAGAGGAAAAAAACUGCUGUUAGAGAAGGGUUUGGGUUGGUAUCCCAGUGAAUCGUUGCCGUCAUUUGACAAGUGAAAAGUUGUACUGGAAUUAUUGUGGGGGGUGGGAACAAAAUUUAGGAAAAAUAUUGUGAUUCUUGCUACAUACGGUUUGAUUACCUUAAUUCAUUUAAUUUGCAUAUAUGGGGGUUGAUUCAGAACAUACUCAACAGUCAAUAGUGGCUGCUUUAUACUCUUGGAAUGGAAGCAGAACCUUGUAUUAAUUCACCUGAUGAGUCAUUUUUUUCGCUU